UUUGUAGGCGGGAAAUACGGCAGGCAGCUCCUCUCCCGAAGAUGGCGGCGGCGGGCUGGGUCGUGUGUGGCUCGGGUCGCUGGCCCGCGCUGAUCCGGUGCUGCUGGCGAGCAGAGGUGGCUGCUUACUUCUCCGCACCAGCUGCGAGCAGCAGGGAAGCCCAGCAGAGGGAAGCUUCAACAAGGAGAAGAAGCAGGACAUCGCAGUUCAUAAGAUCACAUAUACCUCCCAGAACUGUGAGGAUGGCUGUUGACCAGGACUGGAGCAGUGUUUAUCCAACAGCAGCUGCAUUUAAACCUGCAUCUGUGCCUCUCCCAGUUCGAAUGGGCUACCCAGUGAAGGGGGGAGUACCUCCACCAAAAGAAGGCAACUUGGAGCUUAUAAAGAUUCCCAAUUUUUUACAUCUUACCCCUCCUGCAAUUAAGAAACACUGUGCAGCUCUCAGAGAUUUCUGCACUGAAUGGCCAAGUGCUUUGGACAGUGAUGAGCAAUGCGAACAGCAUUUUCCUGUUGAAAUUGAGACAGUGGAUUAUGUUUCUGCAGGUGUAUCUAUUCGUAAUCCCAAAGCAAGAACAGUGACUUUAAGAGUUAAACUUUCUAACCUGAAUUUGGAUGACCAUGCAAAGAAGAAGCUCAUUAAACUUGUAGGAGAGCAAUACUGCAAGGAUACAGAUACACUCACUAUUACAACAGACAGAUGUCCACUAAGAAGACAGAACUAUGAUUAUGGAAUACAUCUCCUCACAGUUCUGUACCAUGAAUCUUGGAAAACUGAGAUGUGGGAGAACAAGAAGACUGAGGAAGACAUGGAAGAGUAUAUAUGGGAAAACAGCUCCUCUCAGAGAAAUGUCCUGGAUACUCUACUUCAAAUAAAAGCCACAGAGGAUCUCAGUGAUGUAACUAAGGAAGAGCUUCUUGCGUCUGAAGUAGUUGAGAAUUACAGAAACUCUGUAAUUGCACUUAAAAAUGAAGGCGAAACAGAAAGUAACAUGUCUCAGUAUAAGGAAUCUGUGAAAAAAUUAUUAAAUAUACAAGCAUUACCGUGAAAGAUUCUGCAGGUACAUCUGGUUAUUACAGAAAUAUUAAACUAUAAUAUGUUAAUAUUACUGUAUGAUAUGGAUUCAGAACCUUAACUAAAACUACGAAACUUGUUGGUAAAUUAGUUUUGAAAGUCGUUAGGCUUUUCUUUAUUUUUGGAUUUUCUUGUGAACAUAACUUUGCUGUCCAGGAAUCUUGUUAUUAAAUAAAGUAUGCCUUGAGUCAUAUUGGUGAUUUGAA